UAAUGAUCUAACCCUAGGGUUUGCCGAGAAGAGUUGAGAUGGAGAACUCCGCCGAGCUGCAGCGAUUCCUCGAGCAAGAGAAGCAGAAAGCUAUGGUUAGCGAGAUGGUGGGCAAGAUUACUAAUGUAUGCUGGGACAAAUGCAUUACCAGUACUCCCGGCAGCAAGUUCAGCUCCAGUGAAUCCACAUGCCUUACCAAUUGUGCUCAGCGAUAUGUGGAGAUGAGUGUUCUCAUCAUGAAACGAUUUCAGUCUAUGCAGUAAACCAUCAUCUUUUUGGCUUACGGGUUUUACCCAUCUAGCAUUUCAUCGUAAUUCAAGAGUCAUAUACUUCUGGAAUACAACUUCCAUUUUACUUAAUAUUUGACAUUGUUUUUGCUUGUGUUUUUCUGGUCAUAUUCUUAUAAUAGUAUAUGCAUAUAUUGGUAAUCAA